GUGAGCUGCUUUGGAGGAGAAGAUGAAUCUGAUGCUGGGGAUUAUUGGAGGCUUGAGAUUGAGGGGGGUGGGAAAACAUGGAAGCAAAACCAGAGGAUCAGGCUUCAGCAUGUGGAAACUGGUGGUUAUCUACAGAGUCACAACAAGAAAUAUCAAAGAAUAGCUGGAGGUCAACAGGAGGUUUGUGGUGUUCGAGACAAACGUCCUGACAAUGUUUGGUUGGCAGCCGAAGGGGUAUACCUUCCGGUCACUGAAACAGAGUAGUUUCAGCCGUUCUGCUCUCAUUAACACUGAAAAACAGAUGGUAGAUGACAGUUUUUCUGGUGGUGGGUAGUGGUGAAAGCAUAGUUCCUUCGAGCAAAAGAAUCAAAUUGUUAAAAGCAUGUAAUUAGCUAUGUUUGACAGGUUCCAUCAAUUGAUUUAUUUGUCAAGAACCCCAGUUUUGAUCUUUAGGGGAAUGACCACUCGGCGUAGGGUUCGAGCAACUCCUGCACCCAUCUUUCAGUAGAUUUUGUAGAACAAACGUGUAUGGUCCUUGCAUCUGACUUUCAUUACUUUUUACUGCAUGGGCGUGUUUUUUCUGGUAA